AUGACUGACGAUGCAUCCACAGCUUAUAUUUGCAUCUAUUGUCCGUUCAAUUCAAGUAAUCUUCAAGCACUUGAACAGCAUUUAACAAGUGUACAUGGACACGGAUGUCAAGAUACAGCGCAAGCCCAAUCACCAACGAAUAUGAUUACCAAAACUAAUAAACGUGAAGCGCCUGAUGAUGAACAGUCUCAAUCAUCCUUCGAUGGAACUGAACAAUGGACAGAGCAUUCAUCGGCUGCUAAACGGAUUAAACGAGCAUCUUCCCCAAUACCAGCUGAUGUCUAUGGUAAUACUAGUGAUGAUAAUUCAGAAUUUGAUGACGAUGAAAGAGAUUCGCCAUUGAAUUCAUCGGCAACGCCAUCAAAUGCUUUACUAACAUGUCCCGUAUGCAACUCGACUUAUCAACGUCUAGGUCAUCUUGUACGGCAUGCGAAACGAAGACAUCGCAUUGAUUUAUCACAUUACGACCAAGCACAAGCAUUCGAGACCGCCCCCACGAUAGAUUUUGACAGAAGUGGCUCUGAAGAACAACAAACGGAAAAUUUACCAUCAUUAUCGUCGACAGCGGAAACCAAUUCCGAUCCAACCGCAACAACAACAACAACAACAACCGACUGUCCAUAUUGUGAUUUUAAAACGACCGAUAUCGAACAAUUCAAAGCGCAUAUCAUCGCUCACAUCCGUGAUAAAAAUUACCGUUGUUUAUUAUGUAAUCGAUUAUAUAAAUACCGAGGUGAUUGUUCAUUUCACAUUCGUCGUAAACACCAUCGAUACAAUGUUAAUUCUAAUGAUUACAUUCAGCGUUUUCUAUUUGAUACAAAUGACGGCGACGAGUCCAUGUCGACUCAAGUUGGUGGACAUGGAUCGUCUGGUAAUGGUUCAUCGAAUAGUAUAAAUGCUAUACGCGAAGCAGAUGAACCUGUACGCUACUUCGGCUGUCCAUAUUGUGAUUAUACAUCGAAUUAUGGCGGAGAUGUUCGGAAACAUCAAGCACGCAAACAUCCCAACGCGGAAUCGAAAGUGGUUAAGAUUAUUCGUCAAGAUUCGGAACAGCAAAAUCAGAAUGGUUCAGAUGAAGAUGAUGAAGGCGAUAGCGUCAAUUCUCCGAUAAAUAUCCAGCAAAAGACCAAAGCCGCGAGGAAAUUGGACAAAAGUUUCAUUCAACCACAGCCAUCAUCACUUUCCGUCCUACCAAAUUUCGCUCCUGUUCGAGUCUUCCAAUGUAGUUCAUGUCACCAGCAAGGAACAUACAAAUGGGUUGUCGAACGACACAUUCGUGCCAAACAUCCGGAUCAAGCUAAUGUGCAUGUCAUCGAAUUACCAGCUGAAUUAUCUGUUCGCUUGCAGAAAAUCUCGCCGCCAUUGAAACGCUUUCGAUGUUCUCUAUGCCCGUUGCAAUCUAAACAUAACUGGGUAGUUAUUCGACAUAUCAAACAUUUCCAUACAUUACAAACGGCGACUGUUGUCGACAUUCAACCAGAUGGCAAACCCAUUCAGGAUGAAUCAACAGGCGAUUUUCCAACUAAAGUAUACAAUCAAGAUUCGGAGUCGUCCUCAACGACUAGUUCGUGCAAUGAAAACGGCAUUGAUCUUGAUGAGGACGACAACCCUUCAUCAUUUUCAUCGGCCAAUGCCACUGAAUCUGCGGCAUCUGUAUACAAAUGUUCGUUAUGCGACUUUCAAUCGAAUAUUUCAUGGAAUAUUCAAAAGCAUCUCAAUGAAAUGCAUGCUGGACAAUCGAAUGGAUAUAUGAUAACACAAUGUCGACAAGUGAAAUUAUCAUCCAAUGAUAAUAAUCCAGCGAAAGUAAAUUCGAUGAAGAAGCUCAAGCAUAAAAAUGGUUUUCAUGGUUCAUUGUCACCGUCAAGUGUGAUCGCUAAAGCAAAAUUUCCGCCGGCGUUCGAAGAAGCUAUACUCUCAUUGCAAGGUUCGAAAUUAAAUCCCAAUCUUUACGCUGUUCAACCGAAAUUCGGAAUUAAACGUCUAAAAUGUCGACAUUGCUUCUAUCGAUCGAAUUGGAAAACCGAUAUGAUUCGGCACGUUCGCAUUCGACAUAGUUUAACUGAGCCUGAUCACAACAAAGUAAUGCUUACCGCGUGUACCUAUGCUGAACUUGUCAAUUCCGAUUUAGAUAUGAUUAUGAUGACAGAACAAGAAGCUCGAUCAACCAUCGAACUGUAUGAAAAUACGUUCGGCAAAGAACUUCGCCGACGCACAUUUCGCACGUGGAAUGAUUGGGCGAAAGCGGAACAAGAAUUCACACCGAAAGAUGGUUCAUUACAAUAUACUGAUAUCAAAGGUGGUCAAUCGUCUAGUGAUCCAACGAAAACACUUCCGAAGAAAUCCAAUGAACAAAAACACGACGGUAUCAAACGAACGAAUAAAUCUGCAAUCAAAACCGAUUAUCAUCAGGAAUCUCAACAACUGAUUAAAUCUUUACUUUUCAACAAAUCUCCUCCAUCGAUUCAACAGAAAACGUUAAAUCAAUUACCAAAUUCAUCGAACAUCGUCUCUCGUUUACUUUCAACUCCCAACGAUGACGACGACGCUCCAUUAGAUCUUUCACUAAAACCAUCGAAAAAACUCGAAGAUAAUCAUGUUGAACAAAGCGAAGAAGAAUCCGAUAGCAAUUCUCGUGUUAAUUAUCUCUGCUCCGUCUGUUCAUAUAAACAUUCCAAUUGGUCCGUAGUUCAAAAUCACAUUUCACUUCAUCUAUCAGGUCAAGGACGGACUUGUCCUCUCUGUCCAUACGUAACAUCAAGUGAAACGUCGAUGAUUCGUCAUCUCACAUCAAAUCAUCCAACUAGUCAAUUGCCAACUCAUUUCUCUGCCGCAUCUCCGAACUUAACUGCACAUAUCCGUGAACAACAUCAAUGUUCACUAUGUUCGUAUCAAUGCGAUCGAUUAGAAGCUUUGAAUCUCCAUCGUCGUCUCGAACAUGAUGACGAAGAAUUCGAUAUUGACUCAUCGGAUAACGGUGCCGAUGAUGAGGAUGAUCUGAUGGCAUCGACAACGAAAAAUGCUUUUGACUGUCCAUUAUGUUCACCAUCUUCUACAGCAAACAACUUCCAAGAUCUUGAACAAUUAACAAUGCAUGUGAUUACCAAUCAUAACAAUCAAACAUGUCCAUUUUGUUCGUUCAUCGCUCAUACGACAUCCACCCAAACGUUGAAUCAACAUGUGAAACUUCAUUUCAAUGGUACACUUGUUCAACCCGAUCCAAUUGUUGGUAUUGAACAAGUGAAAGAGUUACUAAUGCUGGAAUAA